CGUGUGCGUGGGCGUAUGUCUGGAGCGAAACGGAAAUCCAAGAUGGCUUCCAUGAAAAAUGCACCAAAACCGGCGGCGGACAUUAAGGACGAGCUGCAGCAGUUUGACUCGAAGAAGCUGACGCACACACAGACGGUCGAGAAGUCGGCACUCACGCACGACUCGAUCAUGUACGGCGUCUCACACUACGACAAGGAGAAGCUGACACACACGGAGGUGCAGGAGAAGGUCGUGCUUCCCGACAAGGAAGACGUCGCGCAGGAGAAGACUCACAUGAACCUGCUGGAGGGCGUAGCGAGCUUUGACAAGGGCUCGAUGAAGCACGCCGCGACGCAGGAGAAGACGUCGCUGCCACACGACAGCGCUCUCAUCGGCGUCAAGGGCUUCAACAAGGCCAAGCUGCACCACGCAGACACCAACGAGAAGUCCGUGCUGCCGAUGCCUCAGGUAAUCGCGGUCGUGGCGACAGCUGAGAUGUCUGUGCUGCCCGACGCCUCAGCGAUAGAAGCGGAGCGAAGCCACGAUAAGUUCAUCAAGGGCAUCGAGCAUUUCGAUGCGAAACAGCUGAAGCAAGUGGAAACUCAGGAGAAGAACCAGCUACCCACCAAGGAGGUUAUCGAACAAGAACGAAAGGCCUAAGUUUCAUUCCAGAAAUUGCAACAAAACAUAUAUCUCAGUUUGAGCGUACAUCGAGGAGCGAGCGACAUUGACGCCUAAAACACACACACACCACUCCACACCUAAACUUCCGCCUCCCCGCCAAACCAUUCGUCCCAGGACAGCACGAGCCCAUGUAAUACGGUGAUUGACUAUCUGGGUCUAUUUAAAUUCCACGAAACGUUACGCGUCGCUGGCUGAGAGAACACAGUGUGUGAUCGUUAGCCGCCACAGCUGCUGCGGUGUGAGAUGCUAGAACGCCAGGUUUGAGCAUCUACUCUUCAAUAUGGCAUAUUUUUCUAGUGCGUUUCAUAGCGCCCCGUUUCUCUGGAAUUGCCAUAAUGCAUUGUUGUGUGCUAUAAUUUCGAAUUUAUGCGUCUGCUUUCUAGUAUGGCAUAUUUUUCUAGUGCGUUUACUAGCGCCCUUGCUUUUCUUGUAUGGAUAGUGUGUAGUCCUUCAUAACUAUCUUUCUAUUUUUGUAUUUUAAUGUCCGUAUGAAUGUAAGAAAAUAUCAAGCAUCAACAUAAAUUGUGGAUUAUAUUGUGAUGAAAAAUGAUUGAAAAUUGUUAAAAUCUUUCUGAAUUAUGAUUGCUGAAUUUCUCCGUUUUUGAGAGCAGACAAUUUUCUCCCCAGAAUGCAAAUAGCAUCAGGGUAUUUAUAACAAUGUUACACUGGACAUCGGGUAUUCCUUUAUAUCAUUAAAAAAUGUGUACUAGGUGGCAA